AUGGAUCAAACAUCGUGGCUAGAUCUCUCAGCUGAUGGCGAUACACCAACCUCGCCAUCGCCACCACAAUCUCCUCCAAGCAGCCCAUCCAAACUCACGCGAUCAAAAUCCAUCAUCGAGCGCGUCGCCAGCAGGGCCUCCGAGUACUCCAUAUCCCCCAACAAUUCGCGCAGUGAAGACCAGCUCGUCGGUCGCUCUGGUCUCCCGCCCUGGGAUCGAACCGUAGACAUUGUCUACCACAAAUACAAGCAUGGAGAUGCCAAACCCGACAAAAGCAAGACAUUUCCUGAGCACGUUCGCCGCCUUAUCCUGGAGAAUCUCGUCGCGUCUUUUGAGGUUUUGGGAUCCAAGCCCAUUAGCCUCAACAGGUUCAACUGGGACCAAGACUGCUGGGAACCUUCGGACUUCAUCCCUCUUGGCGAAGUUCUUGCGACUUUCCGCCCUUACUUGAGCGUCUCAUUCGAUUUCUAUGCCACUAUUUUCGUUGCAAUCUUGUCGGAGAAUUAUUUUCACGUUACUUUCUCGCCCUUCAUCGCCCAGAGACUCAAUCCUUUGGCCACCACAUGGCUUAACAAGUACGGCAUCUUCAUCAAGUCUCUCAUUAUUGAGGUCGAUUUAUCCCGUCUAGGUCUUGGUCCUGCACCUCAAGCCAUCGAUUUGUUUCCUAGUACUGGACAUCUGCAAGGUCUGCUUUUAGACUUUAGUUUGUCUCAGCUCGAAAGAGCUCCAGAAGCUCCCCUCGAGACUCUAAUCCUUGCGUGCCGUCGUUUUCACGGCCAAAGAGAGGACAUUCCUGAUCCACCCGAAGACAUCUCUGAGAGUAAAAUCUCUGUCAGAGCUAGUUCUGCAAGCCCUCAAAAUCAGUACUCGUCCGCAGAAAGUUCCGGCAGGCAGUCUUCUUGUGACAUUUCCGAGAGAACCGUUCGAGUCGUAUCUCCAGCCCCAGAAGACUUCUUUGAGCAAAGCGAGCUUGACUUCGAGUACGAUGACGAAGAAGAAGAAGAACAAGAUGACGAUGAUGAACAUACAAACUUGGACGAAGACUCAGACGACGGCUACGUAGUCAACAUGUCCUUCGAAAGCAGCGAGGACUCCUCCGACUCCUUCUCCAGCUCCGACUCAUCCUCAAAUCCCGACACAAGUCUAGCUCUCCCGCCAUCCAUCCAAGAAGAAGACUUUUCAUACUGCCCCGACAAACAUCUCUCUAUAUGCAAUCACCUCAUCCGCCUGCGUAGCAAGGUCACUUCCCUCCGCAUCGCCGGUUUCAGCGAGGCGUAUUCACACGCUUUCCUCGCCACCCUGUUCCCCGAGGCGAAAUUCCUUCCUCUACCACGACACUCCUACCGUGUUGCGCCUUCUACCUUCUGGCCUCGUCUUCGCGGCCAGAAAUCUUGGGCCGACGCCGGUCAAGGAACUCUCGUACUGGAUGACCACGAGGUCAUACCAGAGCCAUGCACCUUUCCCGAGGGUCCUUUUCAGCUACCACCACCAAUCGUCUAUAAAUCAAGCAUUAAAUCGUUCCCAAUGGGCCUUGAGACGGUAACUCGCCCAAGGAACAAUACCGUCAGCUUAGGCUCGAGCUUGCCGUCUCAGAAAAGUUUGGAAAGCAACGGAGAGGCAAACACUUCGAAAAGCUCGCGAUCCAGCUAUGAGAAGUCCAAGGUGCAAAAGCUUUUGGAGAGAUGCAAGGAAAAGUCGAGACGCAGGCCAAGGCCAACAUCGGCACCUUGA